AACCCUAUAUAUUUUACUACGCAUGCGCCCAUUGUUUCCUUUUGCAACAUUCAAAUUAUGUUCUAAAUUUGCAAAGGUUGCUAUGUAUAGCUGCUUGGAUUAUCAACUUCUUACUGAAUAGCUCUUUUUAAAUAUUCUACAUUUACCUAGGAUCUUCAGACAAUAUGAAUAGUCUUGAAGCAAUAGCCUGGAGCACGUGCAUGAAUGAUAAAUUUAUAUUAUUGAAAAAUUCUGUAAGAUCUCUCUAUAAGAUAGAACCAAACGUCAGCAGUGAUUCUUUACAAACUAGUAAAAAUAGCGGAGUUAUUAAAAUAUCUGAUAAAGGUCUGGCCCAGUUGAUGUACACUUGUAGCGAGAAUGAGGAUAUAAGAUGUUUUGAUCUCUGCCCCAGGAAUUUAUCAGAACAAAUUCUUGCUGCUGGAGAUGCAAAGGGUAAAAUUAGGAUACACCAAUUUAGUAGGUCUGCGGACGUCGACAGUAUUGUUGGAAAUGUUUAUAAUGUUGUAGAUCAGCCGAGACAUUGCAACUGCCUUUCUUGGAAUAGAAUUCAUACUCAAUUGAUUGCAACUGGUUUCGACAAGUAUCAAAAACAAUCAACAGUUUUUAUUACAGAUGUCAACAGGCCAAAUGCUAAACAAUUAGUUGUUGACUGUGAUGAUAUUCGAAGAGAGUUUAAAGGAUCAAAUGAAGCUGCUUUGGAUGUUUCUUGGCUUGUUGAGGGCGGAUAUAACUUAGUUGUUGGUUACCAAAAGCAGUUCAAAAUAUUUGACAUUCGAGAGCCAAAAGAUCCUACAAUUAAAAGAAUAUCAAAUUCCGAUUCAAAGAUUACGAGCGCAGUUGGACUAUCUGUUGAUCCCCUGAACCAAAAUCGAUUAGCGACUUUCUGUAGUUUUGAAAGCCAAAAAGGAACAAUAUCAGUCUGGGAUUUAAGGAAAAUUACUCAAUCAUUAAUAACUCUUACUGAAAAUAGAAAUAUACUACGAAUUUCAUGGUGUCCUUCGAGAAAAGGUUACUUGGCAGCUUUACCCACUCAUUCUUCAGUUAUUAAUCUGUACGAUGUGACUAACUCCGAAUCAGAUGAGAUAGAGCUAGCUCAUAUGGAUAGAGUCAUAAAUGUCUCCUCUGAUCAGCCGGGAAAUGUUGUGUCUUUCAGCUGGCAUCCAACUGAUAAAAGUCGAUUGUUAGCUCUAACUGAUCAGAAUGAUAUAAAGGAUAUCAGUAUAAGCGAAAGAAUGUCAGUAAGUUGGUCACCGGAGUUUUCUCUAUCUUGGACAAAUGAUGGCCGGAUAGUCAAUUGUGAUACAACAUUUAUAGACUAUCAAAUUGACAGCGACAUCUCAACGACAAUGAAGGCUAGAGCCAAGGGUGGAUAUGGCUGUAAAAGUGAUGUCUCUUCCUAUUUAGAACUAACUCAAGGUGAUUCUACCCUAACAUCUUUAUGGUCAUAUAUCUCUCGAAUGAAUAAAACAUCAUCUGAGACUGAUCUUAAAUCAACUGUUAUGAAGGGUGCUCAUUCUAUACUUAUAAACAAUGAAAAUGAUUGCUGUCGGUCCACUAAUAUUUCCAUAAGCUGGAUAUUGGCCAACGAAAAUUCAUUAAGUAGAAAUAAAAGUCAAAAUUCGAAGCGUAUUUUAUACAUAAGUAAAGAAAGAGAUCGUAUUAUUGAAAUGUGUGGGUGGAGCUCUUUAAAUGAGCGAGAGAGCGCAGAAUUUGAAAAUAAAUUAACUGAUUUAUGCGGCAGUAACGCUGAGAGAGCAGCAAUGAUUGCCGUAAUGAACAUGAAUUUAAACGUUGCUACGUCCAUUCUCUCCAAAUCAGACCAGGAGAAUUUGAGAUUGUUAACAAUUGCAAUAAGCGGAUUUAGUGAUGAGUCGAACGCUAUGUGGAAGGAAGUUUGCUCACGUCUAUCACCUGUGAUGAACAAUGCUCAUAUACGAGCUAUAUUCCAUUUUCUAAAUAGUCAACCUUGUCCAUCUUACGACCAAAUAUUGCAUUCUGAAGAUUUGGAUUUAGGCGAUAGGGUUGCCUUUGCUUGCUUACAUUUGGCAGAUAGAGGUUUACAAAAUUAUUUGGAUACUGUCAUGAAUCACAGUGUUAGUGAAGGUAACCUUCAUGGUCUACUUGUAAGUGGUUUAUCCACAGAAGGAUUAAAUCUCCUUGAAACUUUCUUGGAAAAAACAUCUGAUAUUCAAACGACUUGUCUACUUUCACAAAUGUCAACUGUAAACGACAAAAGAAAAGAUAUAUGGUUACAAGAAUAUAGAGAGCUGCUGGACUCAUGGAGGAUGUGGCAUGAAAGAGCAGAUUUGGAUAUAUAUUUAAAAAGUGCUAAAACGAGUCCGCAAUUAUUCAUAACAUGCAACUUUUGUGGAAAGAGCAUAUCUGCUGCAAGAUCAGCUAAUACUGCUGGGUGUGUUGUCUUUGCCAAGCCAAACACGAAUAUGAACAGAUUAAACGCCUGUCCUGUUCCUACUUGUCGAAAACCCUUGCCUCGUUGUGCAAUUUGCUUAGCCCAUAUGGGAACUCCUUCAAGACUUGUUCAAACCACUGGUAAUACUAAGCAAUCAAAUUUUAGUGACUGGUUUACUUGGUGUCAAAGAUGUAGACACGGCGGGCACUCGUCUCAUUUAACUGCAUGGUUUGAAGAGAAUAGCGAUUGCCCUGUGACUGGUUGUAGUUGUAAUUGUUCCUAUUUAGAUCCGGUGCGUUAUGUGUGCGAGAGUGAAACAGAAUAUUAG